UUUUGUCAUCGACUAACCUUGCAAAAUAUGUAUUGUUCGCUAGUAAACAAUGGGAGUGUUUGCUAAGAAAAGCAAAACUCUUGUUAACCAUCAGCGUUUCGAACGGAGUUGUAUAUUAUUAAAUAUAAUUGGACUUAUUAAAAAUCAUGAUAGUGUACAAUGAGUGAUGACGGAGUUGUCGGUUCGUUUGGCGGCCACAAUGAGAUCCAAAUUCCCGGAAACGAUUUAAUAAUUGACAUAUCGGAAUUGGAUCCUGCUAAGAGUCGUGAUCGAUUUAGCGAAAAUGAGGAACAUCUUGUGAAGAAAAAACUGGUUACUUUGUUGAAUUUGAGCAAAGACGGGGCCUUAAAGGAUGAUACCCUCCAGAUUCAUAAAGAAGAGGAAACGGUUCCCGCGGCCAAGGACGUGACGUCACCCGUUUCCCCGCUGUCGCCUUCAUCCAUUUACACAUUCGGCGGGAGUGAAGCACAUCGGCACCUGGAGCUCAAGGCUCGCGGCGUCUCCACCAGACAAUGCAAGUUCGAGAUUGGGGAGGAGUGGGAACAAUUUCAGACAAUUCAGACAACGAAAUCUGUAAGCUGCCCGCCCACCCCUCUUAUGGGGGCUAAAAAACACAAAGACUUGCUGGAUGAGGAGACGGGGCGGACUAAUCCUGGGUACGCGGCGAGCGAGCCGGGAGCAGAAAUCGAAGCGGACUUAACAGACUCCGCUGAUAAGCUGAAAGAACCGUUCCCUUUCCACUUUAUGUUUGCGUCGACUUCGGGAACUCCUCCGAAACAUUACACAGUUGUUCCGAACCCUCAUAAUAGUGUAAACCAGCGGUUCCACAGCACCCUCCAGUGUCCAUGCUUCCUGUUUUUCUUCUUCCUGUGCUGUCUCCCGGGCGUUCACUUUAUGCAGCAGUCCGACCUCCAGUUUAAGAAGGGAAACGACGAACGCGCGCGGAAUUAUGGGAAGCUCGCGACUGCGUUCUAUAUUGUUGGUGCUAUAAUUGGGGUGGCGUUUUUAGCAAUCGCGAUUUACUUUGCCACUGAUUAUGUGAGACAGUAUGUUUAAAGUGAUUAUUUAUCGCCGAUUUGACGACACAAAAUCGUUUAUGAUCGAUCACAAGAUACUCAAAUACUUAUUGUACUGCAAUAACAUUUACAAAUAAAUAUCUGAAGUGGUCAACGUAAUAUUUUGUCAAAUGAGAAGGCAUUAUUUCUCAAGUUUUCCAAUUUUAAUCAGGCGAAGAGGUACAUUUGUAUAUGUAAACGGUGGCUGGCACCGGAAGUGGAUAGUUUACAAAGUAUUAUGUAGACCACUAAAAACUUGAUGUCUAAUAUUUACUUACACAAAAUAAAUGGUUAUGCGACUAUGUUGCAUUAAAACAUUAUUUUUAAACAUCGUAACAAUCUUUUAUCAUUACAAAAUGCUCUGUGAAUGACAUAAAUCGUGCGGUGAAUAUCAAAAGGCACCGAGCGACUUUUUUAUACGCUUAUGUAUGUGAAUUUUAUUUAUAACUUGUGAUAUUUAAUGGUUAUAAAACAAACGCUAAAAUAAUUUAGCUUUCUUUGUAUAUAUUUUUGUACAAAUAUCAUGCUGUCUUGAAUGCUUGAACCUUGUUUGGGAGUGCCUCUCUUGUGUUCGCCUAUGCAUUAAUUCCUAUAUCAAAACGAUAGCAAGUAUGCGGAGCUUAACCAUUCAAUAAGUAGCGUGGGGAUAAAUUAUAUCGCUUUUAACUUGUACCGUUCGCUAGUUAUUGAACAUUGUCAUAGACAACAUGAUACGAAACAGUUACGUCACCUAGUGACGAAGCUCUUUACUAUUAGAAAUAUCAAUAAUGAAAGUGUGUUGAUACCUUGGACGACCAUCAUAGUACACAUAUAAAAAUAUAAUAGUUACUACAUCCACAAACCGAGCUAUUGGAAUAAUACACAAGCACUUUAGCGAGACAAGUUGGUGACGUAAUUGUUGUGUACAAUAUUGUCAAUGACAAUGUUCAAUAACUAGCGUGAGGUAUAAUGAAUAACGUUGUUAUUUAUCCCUACACUAGUUAUUGAACGGUUAAGUUUCUUAUACAUUUUCCCGUUUAAAUAUGGAAGUGAAUCUGUACAUGAAGCCAAACAAAACACGCUCUCAAAUAUGGUAGAAUAUGUUACAUGUAUAUUGAAUUCAAAUAUGUUAAGUAAAAAAGUCACUGGACCCACAAUCCGAGUUAUUGAAGGUAUUGAGCCUGACGAGGAUAGUGGGGAACGUACCUGUUUUGUACGAUGUUGUCAAGGACAACGUUCAAUAAAUUACGUGCGGUAUAAUCGAAUUGCGUUGUGAUUUACCUGCAUGCGAGUUAUUGAACGUUUAAAGUGACACUCUUAUUCAAAAUCAAUACAUACACGUUUAUAACAAACAUCAUUUUGAGUGAUAAACCUUUAACUACUUACUUAAUACUGCAUUUAUGGAAAAUAUUAAUAACUGAUAACAGAAUUGUAACUGUGUAUUUAAUAGCUCAAAACGCAAAAAUAUUAAAUGAUUGGUGAGUGCUGAAAGAUUUACUGUGAUCUACUAUAGUCUCAUAAGGUAGAAAUACCGUGUUUUCUGCACCUUUCUUUCAAAUCAAACUUUGUAUCCUUCAUAAGAACCAUUGUUUUCGGCAUUUAUUAAUCUUUUUUGGUGUAUUAAAACAAUUGUAUUAACUGUGGUAAAUAUUAUUUGGGAGUAUGAGUGCAUUUUUAAGCUCUGCCUAUAUGAUAUUACCGUUUCCGUAUGGACGAAAACAAAGAAAUCACCCUCAAACAUAGUACGAAUUUACUUGUAGUGUACAUGUACCGUAUGUUAAACAUGUUUUGUAAAUGCAAAUGUUAAUGUACUUGUCUAUUCUAGAGUCUUGUCUUAACUUAUAGUUUGUAGUCUGUAAUACUAAAAUAAACUUAAAAGAACUAAUUAAGUGAUCUAUUAAGCCUCGUAUUCGAAUGAUUGCGUACCUUCAAAAGAAGAUGAAAAAUGCAUAAUUAGUAGUAAAUGAAAGACGUAGAUCUACGUUGUUUACAAAUUUAAGGUUUUAACAUGUAAUGUAAUGUAAUGUCAAUUUAUUUAUUUUACAACGAUUAUUACAACAUUAUAUUACAUGUAAUCACUUUCGUUG